AUGAAAUUGAAAAAGAUCAACCUAUUGUCAACACUAAACAUUGAAGAUUUAGGGUCCUCAAAGAGAAACGCCAACGUUCUCGACAGUGUUGUUUCUCGUCGUAUCGCAGCACAGUUUAAAUGCCAUGGGGUUACAGCCUCACGACUCACUAAUUACGCUAGACGCGUAAAGCGUAGGCUACGUUCCUCUCACAGCAGUGAAAGCGUAGCAAUAGUUGAUCUGGACGACGUUGAUAAUGGCAUAGAGGACAAGUUCGAGGAGAGGUUUAUCAAAAGCAAAGACUUGGAAGAAUUAAAACAAAUCCCAUCAUCAUUGCCAAUUGAUAUGAGAGAAGGAAGCAAUGACUUAGUGCUUUUCAAUUACCUGUUCAUGCAAUUUUUGGAAAACACACAUCAAAUGCAUCGCGUCAGAGUGCCUGAUGUUGAUCCGUGCUUAUUACGUCGUAUGGCGUUCGAGGGAAAAAGGAACAUCUCUGACAUUGGAGGCGAUCACUUGAGCCCGUUGGAAUUACGAAAAGUUUGCAAUGCGUUAGCUUCCACUCUUCAUAUGUAUCGUAAUCAG